UUUUGGUGCAAAAACGUGUACUUUAGCUUUUGAAUGUUGGUCUACAGAACCUGUAAUUGAAGAUGGAAGGCCUUUAUUUAUGCCAUAUAUUACAAAAAGAUUAGAAAUUGGAGGUGGAUUGCAUAAUAAAAGUGGAAAAGGAAAAUGUAGAUGUAAAGAAGGUCGAUGUAUGUUUUACUCCUUACCAGAGAGAAUAUUUUAUGAAUGCCAAGAAAUUUAA